AUGGAUGAAACUUCUUCGCGUUAUUCAUGUUGGAAAGUCCCACAGAUAAAAGCAGAGCUGAUAAAAAGAGGUGCAGUGACAACUGGUCGAAAACAGGAUCUUAUAGACAAAUUGGAGGCUUAUGAUAGAAAUAAGAAUUUCAAGGAGGAUCCAAUUUUACUACCAGAGCCCCUUGAUGUUGGAUGGCCAGUGGCUGGCUUUAAACAGAUCUUUCAAGAGCACAAGUGCAUUAUCCCCAAAAUUACAAGGGAACAGAUCGAAGCAUAUUUUUUUUUAUAUCGAUUAGCAGAUGACAGACAAUGUACUGGAGAUCUGAAAGCAUUGGUAAAGGGCCAAGACAUGUUCGACUCUAACAAAGUUUUGGCAUGUUCUGUUUGCAUUGAGGAUGAUAUUUACCUCACAGGAAUAGUGGGCGCCUCAAUGAAACAAAACGUUACCUACAACUAUAAAGUCAGGAUCUCAAGAGAGAGUGGUGACCCUCUGAACACACAUUGUGAAUGUCCAGCAGGGAGAGGGCCCCAUGGCACCUGCAAACACCUGGCGGCUGUUUGCAUCAUGCUCGAGAGAUUUGCAGAAAAUGGGACAUUGAGAAUUGCAAAAUCCUGCACAGAAAAUCUUAUGUCUUUCAAUAGACCAAAGAGUACAUAUAGUGGUUCUCCAGUAAAAGCAGAGGAUCUUCCUUCCAAAAAGAGGCCAUAUGAAGAGUUUUUUGAGGAUCCUAGGCCACUCAAACACAGAAACAAUCCAUCUUACAACUCAAUGGUGCAAAACAUUAUUACUAACUACUGCAGCCAGACAUCCAAAGAUAUCUCUUUGCGGUAUCUGUACCCAAGAGCAAAUUUUCAGGUUGUGUCCAUGAUGCAUGAUUAUGGUCCUUUGCCACUUACAGAACAAAUGGUUGAUAAUGCUUUGAUGGUCGAUGAACGCAAAAUUCACCAAAUAGAAGUGUCAACUAGAGGACAGAGCAGAAACUCGAAAUGGUUUGAGGCUAGGGAGUGGAGGCUAACUGCAUCACGAUUUGGGGAAGUCUGCAAGGCUACUUGUCGACGCAAUACAAAUAAGUUAUAUAGUUCCCUUAUGUGUUCAAGUAUCAAAACCAAAGCUAUUUUACAUGGGAAAAAUUAUGAAAAAAAAGCUUUGAAAUUGUUUGACGACAAGUUUUGUAUAAAAACAAAAGAAUGUGGGCUUUUUGUGUGUUUAGACUACCCAUAUUUGGGAGCAUCCCCAGAUGCAGUUGUGGAUGAUUCUGCAAUUGUUGAGGUCAAAUGCUCCUACAGUGGAAAAAAUGAAAUGGUCAAACCAGGAGCACAUUUCAAAUAUUUUAUCAACCAUGGAAACCAAGAAACAGAAAUGCCACUGAAAAGCAGUGAAGGCCGGUGUGCAUGUCCAGGAAGUUACAGAGAAAACUGCGCAUGCGUUGAUGAGAGAGUUUAUUUACAAAAUCCUUCGAAAAACGGCAUCCCUGAUCGUAAUCCCGACAACAAAAGGGUCGAAUCUGUUGCCAACAAAAGACAAAGGGCGUGGUUUGGUGCCAUUCAAAAGAGGCAGAGUUAUCGUCAUGACACAAUGAUUGACAGCAAGGAGACGGAGCCAGAAAACGAGGAUAACAGAAACAUCAUUGAACUCUUGAUUGAUUUCUAUGGCGAUGAGUUCGAAAGACCAAGACAUUUUUAA